CCAGUCGUGCACAUAUAUUGGCGUGAGGUGAAGAAACAAGCACUUGUUUUCUCGAAAUCUAAGACAAAGUAAUAACAAACAUGAGUGGAAGAGGCAAAACCGGUGGCAAGACUAGGGCGAAGGCCAAGACUCGUUCGUCCAGGGCUGGACUGCAGUUCCCCGUCGGUCGUGUGCACAGGCUGCUGCGUAAAGGCAACUAUGCUCAGCGCGUGGGAGCUGGUGCACCCGUCUACAUGGCUGCAGUGAUGGAGUACUUGACCGCUGAGAUCUUGGAGUUGGCCGGUAACGCCGCUCGUGACAACAAGAAGAGUCGUAUUAUCCCCCGUCAUCUGCAGCUGGCCGUGCGUAACGACGAGGAGUUGAACAAACUGCUCGGUGGCGUUACCAUCGCUCAGGGUGGUGUGCUGCCCAACAUUCAGGCUGUGCUCCUGCCCAAGAAGACCGAGAAGUCCAAGUAAAUUUGUCCCCGGCUCCCCUGAACACAACGGCUCUUUUAAGAGCCACUCACAUCCCGAAAAGAGCA